UGUUAUUUAGACCCGAUUUUAACACGCUCGUCUUUGCAGAAACGCGCGGCCCCCUCUAUCUGAGAGAACCGAGAAUAAAGAAGCUCUGUUUGGUUUUUGCUGCAAACCCUGAAGCUCCAUCUCUCUCUGUCUCUCUCUCUCUUUCUAUCUUCCAGGUGAUAUGGCGCACAGGUUGCUUAGGAAUGUGGAGGCAGAUGGUUGGGAACGGUCAGACUUCCCCAUCAUCUGCGAGUCCUGCCUGGGAGACAAUCCCUAUGUUCGCAUGACGAAAGCUGAUUAUGACAAGGAGUGCAAGACUUGUACUCGGCCGUUCACCGUUUUCCGGUGGAGGCCUGGCCGUGAUGCCCGAUUCAAGAAGACGGAGAUUUGCCAGACGUGCAGUAAGUUGAAGAAUGUCUGUCAAGUUUGCAUCUUGGACCUGGAAUAUGGCUUGCCAGUACAGGUUCGAGACACUGCUAUGGCUAUCAACUCCACUGAUGUGAUUCCCAAGAGCGAUGUCAAUAGGGAGUUUUUUGCCGAGGAGCAUGACCGAAAGGCUAGAGCCGGUAUAGAUUACGAAUCUUCCUAUGGGAAAGCUCGGCCCAGUGACACUAUUCUGAAGCUUCAAAGAACAGCACCCUAUUACAAAAGGAACAGAGCACAUGUCUGCAGUUUCUACAUUCGAGGUGAGUGCACAAGAGGCGCUGAGUGCCCUUACAGGCAUGAAAUGCCCAUAACUGGGGAGUUGGCACAACAAAACAUUAAAGAUCGUUACUAUGGAGUCAAUGAUCCAGUUGCGAUGAAGCUACUGAACAAGGCUGGAGAGAUGCCCUCCCUCGAACCUCCUGAGGAUGAAAGCAUCAGAACCCUAUAUGUGGGUGGGCUUGAUGGGAGAAUUACUGAGCAGGAUCUAAGGGAUAACUUUUAUGCUCAUGGUGAAAUAGAGUCUGUUAGGAUGGUACUCCAACGAGCUUGUGCUUUCGUAACCUACACAACAAGAGAAGGUGCAGAAAAGGCUGCAGAAGAACUCUCCAAUAAACUGGUGAUAAAGGGUUUGAGAUUGAAGUUAAUGUGGGGUAGGCCCCAAGCACCAAAACAGGACUCAGAGGGCACAGAUGAAGCUAGGCAGCAGGCAGUGGCUCAUAGUGGAUUGUUGCCUCGAGCAGUGAUUUCACAACAGCAGAACCAAAUACAAGAUCAAUCUGCAACAGUGCAGCACUACUACAACAUGCCACCUCCACCAUCUUCACAGGAGAGGACAUUUUAUCCAUCAAUGGAUCCUCAAAGAAUGGGCGCUGUUGUUCGAUCUCAAGAUGGGGCUCCUAGUGGGCCUGCAGGGUCUGGCGAGAACAAAUCUGGUUCAGAGAGGCAGCAUUAUGCUUUUCAAACCAUGGCUCCACCACAUGGUCAUUAUCAUCAUCAGCAGUUUUAUCCUCCCCCAUAUACAGCUUAUAUGCCUCUGCCGCCACCAGCUUACCAACAACAAUACCCUCCGCAAUAUCAUGCUGCAGUGCCUCCACAACAGUCCUUGACAAUGAACCAACAGUACCAGCAGCAUUCUGUAACACCCGCAGCUUCUACAUCAUCAGCAUCCGCAGCUUCAAGUUCUGGGCCUUCAGAAUCCACAGCAUCUGAAUCUGGAUCUGCACCAACUGCGUCAUCACAGCAGUGACACCAACUGUUGUUGUAUCGUUGUGCAACUAGUGUUUUUUGACUCUGAACUGGCCUUGCAUGGAUUUGUGGAUGUAAUCACCAUCUUCGUUAGAGCAUUCCCUUUUUUUCCCGAUUAAGGAUCACUUAUUGUGUAACAGUCCCUUCAUUGGUGACAAAAUAUUGAAAUGUCUCCCUUCAUAUGAAUUCAAUAUGUACAUCAUGGCCUUAUGUUUCCUAUAUCA